GCUUAUUUCCUUUCGUUCCAGAAUUGUAUGCUGACUUUGUACAUCAGAGAAGCCACUGGCACUGUCAGUAUUCUGAGGGAGUGUCUGCUUGGGAUCUGGUGCAAGUUGAAUCAUUGUUCAAAUAAGGUGUAAUUGAAAAGUGACCCUUUCUUCAGAGAUGUCAAAAACAAACAAAUCCAAGUCUGGAUCUCGCUCUUCUCGAUCAAGAUCAGCAUCAAGAUCUCGUUCUCGUUCAUUUUCAAAGUCUCGGUCCAGAAGUCGAUCAGUCUCUCGUUCAAGGAAGCGCAGGCUGAGUUCUAGGUCUCGUUCCAGAUCAUAUUCUCCAGCUCAUAACAGAGAGAGAAAUCACCCAAGAGUGUAUCAGAAUCGAGAUUUCCGAGGUCACAACAGAGGCUAUAGAAGGCCCUAUUAUUUUCGUGGGCGCAAUAGAGGCUUUUAUCCGUGGGGCCAGUAUAAUAGAGGAGGCUAUGGAAACUACCGUUCAAAUUGGCAGAAUUACCGGCAAGCAUACAGCCCUCGUCGGGGCCGUUCCCGAUCCCGGUCCCCAAAGAGAAGGUCCCCUUCACCAAGAUCCAGGAGCCAUUCUAGAAACUCUGAUAAGUCUUCCUCGGACAGAUCAAGGCGCUCUUCUUCUUCUCGUUCUUCCUCCAACCACAGCCGAGUUGAGUCUUCUAAGCGCAAGUCUACAAAGGAGAAAAAGUCAUCUUCCAAGGAUAGCCGGCCGUCUCAAGUUGCCGGGGAUAACCAGGGAGAUGAGGCCAAGGAGCAGACAUUCUCUGGAGGCACCUCUCAAGAUACAAAAGCAUCUGAGAGCUCGAAGUCAUGGCCAGAUGCCACCACGUACAGUGCUAGUUCUGCAUCACGGGCUUCAGCUUCUGAGUUGAGUCCCCGGGAGCGAAGCCCUGCUCUUAAAAGCCCCCUCCAGUCUGUGGUGGUGAGGCGGCGGUCACCUCGUCCUAGCCCUGUGCCAAAACCUAGCCCUCCGCUUUCCAACACAUCCCAGAUGGGCUCAACUCUGCAGAGUGGUUCUGGGUACCAGGCUGGGACACACCAAGGUCAGUUUGAUCAUGGCUCUGGGUCCUUGAGUCCGUCCAAAAAGAGCCCUGUGGGUAAGAGUCCACCGACUACUGGCUCCACGUAUGGCUCAUCUCAGAAGGAGGAGGCUGCUGCUCCAGGAGGAGCAACCUAUACAAAGAGGUACCUAGAAGAGCAGAAAGGAGAGAAUGGAAAAGAUAAGGAACAGAAACAAACAAAUACUGAUAAAGAGAAUGAAGAGAAAGGGAGCUUUUCAGACACAGGCAUGGGUGAUGCAAAAAUGAAAUCUGAUCCUUUUGCUCCCAAAACUGAUAGUGAGAAGCCUUUUCGAGGUAGCCAGUCUCCUAAAAGGUAUAAACUCCGAGAUGACUUUGAGAAGAAGAUGGCUGACUUCCACAAGGAGGAGAUGGAUGAGCAAGAUAAAGACAAAGCUAAGGGAAGGAAGGAGUCCGAGUUUGAUGAUGAACCCAAAUUUAUGUCGAAAGUCAUAGGUGCAAACAAGGAAGAAAAGUCGGGCAAAUGGGAGGGCCUGGUAUAUGCACCUUCAGGGAAGGAAAAGCAAAGGAAAACAGAGGAGUUGGAGGAGGAGUCCUUCUCAGAGAGAUCCAAAAAGGAGGAUCGGGGCGGGCCCAAGAGAACCGAAAGUGGGCACAGGGGGUUUGUGCCUGAAAAGAAUUUCCGAGUGACUGCUUACAAAGCAGUCCAGGAGAAAAGCUCAUCUCUCCCAAGGAAGACCUCUGAGAGCCGAGAGAAGCUGGCAGCCAAAGGAGACUUUUCCACGGGGAAGUCUUCCUUUUCCAUUACUCGAGAGGCGCAGGUCAAUGUCCGGAUGGACUCUUUUGAUGAGGAUCUUGCAAGGUGA